GUAAGGUCAUGUGACCUUCGCCAUUGGUGUUUGUUGGCAAUUGUCAUAUCUUAAAUUCAGAAUUUAAACGAUUUUCAAGAUAUAUUUAGAUGUCAUGGUUUCCAAAGGUAAUUAAAGAUGUCUGCCAUUGACCCAGAAAAUGGUGAUGUUAUAGAAAAUCCUGAUCCAGAGGCUGACACAGACUUUACAAAUUCAGCAGAAGAUGAAUUUCAUUUAGAUAGCAAUGCUGAGGAUGAAUUCCAUAUAAACAAUAAUGCUCAGAGUGGUAUUGAAGAUGUUAAUGUUGAUGACAGUCCUGAAACUGCUGCUGCAGGAAAUGAGCAGGGAAUAAGUGAAUGUGACCAUGCUAAACUAUGUUUAGACAGUGACAAUGAACUUCCUUCUUCUAAAAGUGAAAAUAGAAAUCCUGCAAUUCAAACGGGUGAAAAGGAAAGUGAUCAUGGUGAUGUCAAUACUGAUUGUACAAAUGGUGCACUAGAGAAAUAUGAGACAGAAUCUUCAGUUUCUGAAACAAACCAUACUGAAGAAAGCUUAGAUGUAGAAGAACACGUGGAAGCUGAUGCUUGUGACAGUUUUGAAGUACCAGAAGCAGAAUUAGGCCAUGACAUCCCUGAGGCAGAAUUGUGUCAGAUUGCUGAAUCUGCUCGGACUGAAUCAGAAUGUUGUCAAAAUAACUCUGACUCUCUUCAGAAGAGAGUAAGCACACAUGAAGAUGAUAUUUCAGAAGGAGAAGUGCAGGGAGAAAAGGAGGCAGAUGAAGUGUUAGACAUUGCCCAAGGUUGUAGUUCUGUACCUCAGAUAUUAAAGUUGACUAAGUCUGAAAGUGUAGAAUCAUAUGAACCGGAGUGUGAUCAAGAAAGUUCACCUGUGAGUCAAAAUAAAUGUAAUGAUGAACCAGAAAACAAUGAAAAUAGCGCCUGCAGUGAAAAUGAAUUGACUGAAGGUAGUGGAAAAUCUGGCAAUAUUGAACAUAAAAAAGUAUUAGAAAACAAAGAAAAUACUAAUAUAGUAGAGGUUGAAGGUUAUUCUAGUCUUGUAAAUGAAUGUGUUCAGAAGGAUGCUAGCAGCACGUCUAGUCAAAACAAUGAUAAUCAGCUGAUAACUAAUAUGCAAACUUCUUGUGAUGAAUGUGGCAAAACCGAAAAUGACAGAUUGAAAGAGGGUGAUAGUUCAGUUAAAAAAUCAGACCCGACCAAUCCUGAUAUAGGGAACAAGAAGGAGAGUAGUCACCGUAAAGAGGCAUUGGAUGCAGGAAAAAAUUUUGUUGAUUUAGAAGUUGCGGUCUCAGAUGAUGAUUUGUUAUCUGAGUUAGAUUCUGAGUUAGGAGUUGUCUGUGAUAAUAAUAUAGAUUCCCAAAAUGGCCAAAUAAAUGGAGAUGUAAAAGUCAAAGAAUUGAAAUUGAAUUCAGCAGAAGGGACAUCAGAAAGUUCGAAUAAAAACGAAAACAAUUCUUCUGAUGAAGGUGAUGUUCAAGAGAAUGACAAUAUUAGUGAAGAAGCAUGGAAAAUGAUUCAAGACUUGCAAUAUAAACUCAGUGUUUCUAGGCAGCAACUUCAGAGACAGGAGAAACAUCUUCAAAGAAGUAAUGCAGACUAUACAGAUUUACACAAGAAGUUAGAAACUGUUACAGAGGAAAGAGACACCUAUCUUAAGGAAGUAGAGAGGGCAAGGAACCAUAACUCUGAUGACCUGUAUUUACCACAGAUCAAAGAGUUGGAGUUCACAAUAUCUCAACAACAACAGGAAAUCCGUGGAUUAAGGGACAAACUCUCCAGUCAUGAUACAGCAGCAAAAAAGGCAAUCACAGAACUACAAGUAGAAAUAAAGUCAAGAACUGACCAGGUGACAAAAGCUUACAGGGAGGUUGUAGCAGAAAAAGAUCAAAUGGUUGUUAAAUAUGCACAAGCAGAGAAAAAUAAUAUUGGUGCUCAGAAGACUAUUGAGAGGUUAGAAUCUAAAAUUAAAGAUGCAGCAAAAGAGAAGGAUGGGCUGUUGGGGAAAAUCAAAGAUCUGAAGUUAGAGAAAACUCGACUGGGUCAUGAACUAGAUUUAAAAUCAAGCGAAGCUCAGUCUAUGAGGAAAGAAGCAGAGAAGUUUAAAGAACAAGUUUCUUCAUCUGAUGUCAGAAUUAAAUGGGCUCAGAAUAAACUAAGAGCUGAAUUGGAUGGUCACAAGGAAACAAAAGCAAAUUUAGAGAAAAUAAAUCAGCGACUAAAAGAAGCCAAGGAAGAAACAGAACAAAUCAGGAGGAAUUGUCAGGAAAUUAUUAAAACUUACCAGGAAUCCGAAGAAAUAAAAUCCAACAGUCUGGAUCAACAACUGAAAAAGAAACAGACUGAACUUUUACUUCAAGAGACAGAAAAUAAAGAUAAAGAAGAGUUAUAUACAACAGCCAUGAAGGAACUGGAGCAGUUAAAGAUAAAACAUCGUGAGACACUGUCUGAACUUCAUACAUACCAAGAUAAAACCAUGUGUUUGGAGGAGGAACAUAAAACAGAUGAGGAAACAUUAAAUAAAUUUAAACAUAUGCUACAGAAACAGAAAACAGAAAAUAAAUCUUUACAAGAUAAAACUGAACACAUGGUUCAAUUACAAGCAGAUUUCAAAAGAGCACAAAAUACAAUAGCCUCACUGGAUGCAGAAGUCUCAGAACUUAAAAUUAGCAAUAAAGAUUUAAGCAUAGAAAUGGAAGGGUGUCGAAGGAGAGAAUCUGAAAAAUUAGAAUUAACGGAUAAACUAUCAUCUAAGAAUGCUGAACUUCAAUCAGAAAAUUCUGCCUUAAAUGAUAAGGUGAUGGCCUUGUCAGUUGAAGUGCAAAGUCAAAAGAUGGAUCUCCAGUCCAAAGAAAGCAACUUAGAUGAACUGUCUCACAGAUUAUCAGAUGUUACCACUAAAAGUCAACAAGAAAUAAGACAGCUGACAGAAAAAUUUAAUGAAAAAUCUAAGAAAGUUGAUGAACUGUCAACAAGAAUUGAUGAUGAAAAAGAUGAGAUUAAAACCUUAAAGAGAAAGCAUGUCAACAGCAUGAAGGAUUUAACAAGGCAGUUACAGCAAGCAAGAAGGAAACUUGAAACGUUUGAAGCCAAUGGAGAAAAGGACAGUGCAAGUCUUGGAUCUCGUACCAGCUCCACUGGUUCCCUAAAUACUCUUACUAAUGGUGAUGGACCAAAUCCACAACCUCAUCAAGUGCCAACUCAUACAUACAGGCAGUCCAGUCCUCCAGAGCAGGAAUAUCCAGUAAUAACAGAACAAGUAGAACCAGAUAAACAAGUACUGAUAGAGAGAAUCGUCAAAUUACAACGAAUGUUAGCUCGUAGAAAUGAAAAGAUUGAAUUUGUGGAAGAUCAUGCUCACCAGCUGGUUGAUGAGCUACAAAAGAAAAAUAAAAUAAUACAGAUGUAUGCAUUACGAGAAGACAGUGGAAUGUUCACAGCAGAGGCAGCAGACGUCAGCAAGCAACAUCAGAGGAAUUUAUCUAAGGCAGAGUUAGCAAAGAAGCACAGUAUAAUGGGAUCUGUAUAUAGUUCUCAUCAAACAGAUGGAUCAAUGACAUUAGAAUUAUCACUGGAAAUUAACAGGAAGUUACAAGCAGUGUUGGAGGACACAUUACUGAAAAAUAUGACAUUGAAGGAAAGUUUAGAUACACUUGGAGCAGAAAUAUCAAGACUUUCUCAGGAAAAUCGUAAAAUACAAAUACAACUUGAUAAACAGAAAAGAUGAUAUUAGCAAUAGUCAUAAAUAAACAAAGUUUGACACUUCACUAAAGACCUUUCGCCUCCUGCCAAUCAUCUGUUGAAAGUAAAUUGUGUCACAAUGGUCAUGAAGAGUAUUUGAUGCAAUUUGACAAUGCUAGCUAGUCUGUAAUUUUAUGGAUGCAUGCAGAAUUUUAUUUAUUUAUUUGUGAUGAAUUUACAAUGUGUAAUUGAUUCGCAUACUAGGUAUCUUACAGUGUUUAAUUAUAAUAACAAAUACCAGUAGUAAUGAUCAGUUGUUAAAAAUUGAGACCACAUAUUUUAUUUUCAUACAAAAAGAAAAUGAUAAAAUUUAUUGAUACUGAUUGCAACAUAUUGACCAAUUAAAAUUUCCACUUGAAGUGAAGCCUGUCUAUUUAGGAAUAAAUUUCAUGUUUACAUUGGACAGGUGUAUAGUUUUUCCUCCAACAAUGAAUAAUUGGUAUCAUUAAAGUUCAUGAAUAUGGAUUUACUAUUGGUCAAUGUAAAAAAAGCAAUUGAUGCAAUUUAUUUUGAAUAUUUUAUAUAUGAGUAUUGAUUAUUUAAAUUGGAUCAUAGAAUUUUUACUAAUCUUUAAUUUAAAACAAAUCAUUAUAAAGAAAAAGAGGUUUUAAUCUCUUUUAGCUCUAACAUGGAUCUGCUUGGACUAGAUUUUGACCAUAAUCAGAAAAUUCAGAUUUUAUUGAGGGUUUAAAAUAUAGAGGUUUCCAUUUAUAAUGGAUUGACAAGGAAAAAUACAUUCCGAUAUUAUCAUGUAUGAUCACUAAUCGUAAUUUGCAUAUAUAUUGGGUUGAUGAAUACGUCAUAUUUUUUCUUAGUCAUAUUUCUGUACAACUUGAACUAUAAAUUUGUAGAUGAAAAUUAUAUGACCUAGCCAAUCUCUUUUAUUUUCCAUGCAAUUCUUUUGAAAAGAAAAAAAAAAGAAUUAUUCUGAUUAUUUAGUUAUAUUCUGAUGGGAAACACUAAAAAUUACUUAUGAUAUAUAUACUCUUUUUUCUUUAUAAUUUAUUAUUAUUUAUCUUAAAUAAUAAAGCUUAAACUGAAAAUUUGCAAAUAUGGAUUGAAAUGAAUAUAUAUAUAAAGUUCAUACAAAUCAAAUUAAAUUACCAGUAUGAAACAAAUGCAAAUAUUCUCAUGUAUUUAUAAUAAACUUCUUUUGCAAACUAGGCAGAUUAAUCUCAUAUGACUAUUAGCAUUUUGAAUUUCUUACUGAUAGUGUGUUUGAACAAAAAAGUAAUAUAUGUAUAUUUAAUCGUGAAAGGAAACAAUUUAAAGACAACUUGAAUGAAUAUUAUGCAUAUCAUUAUAAUGGCUACACAAAAUUUCUUAAAUUGUUUCCUUAUCAAGGAGUAUAUAUUUGAAGCUAUUUUCAGACAAUAUUGAGAUAGAUUAUAUGUAUAUAUUGUUAUAUAUGUUUUGUGAAUAUGUUUGAAUUCUAAGAAUAAAUGUGCAAUAAAAAAUGUGUAUAAUUUAAUUAAACUGAAUAUGUAUAGUAUUUUAAAAGUAGCUGGUGAGUAAACAGGGCCACAUAGAAUUGUUUUGUCUAUAUAUGAUUAAAUAAUAAGUAACAGUGUAAAGGGAUCAUAAGUAUGUCUUACAUGUAACAACAUCCUAUAAGAAAUUUAUCAGAAAAUUCCAUUUGUACAUUUAUAAUUUAUAGGUGAACCUUCUUUUCAAAGGGGUAUGAUGUUGAUUGUCUAUUGUACUGUGCAGUAUUUUUUUUUUAGCAAUUCCGGUUAUCACUUUUUAUGUAUGAGGGUCUGGAUGGGGGGUUUCUUAUUUCUUUAUUCUUUAAUUUAUUUUACCAUUUUUCUCUAUUCUUUAAAUGUAUACUAUUGGGUUACAACCUUGUAGUUUUUAAACAAGGAUUAUUCAGUUGAAAUAUGUAUACAUGGUAACAUGCAAGUGCUUUGAAGUGCUUUGAAAACAGGAUAUCUGUAGAAAUAUCACCUCAAAAUUCUAUAUUUGUUUUAAAGGAAUGAUGACCUAGAAUAAUAAUAUUGUGUGAAAGAGUAUAAAUGAAGAGUGCCUACCUCACAAAAAAUAUAUGAAAUUCAAUGUAUACUGAUUUUUUUUGGUGCUCCAUGAUUUGAUAAAAUGAAAUUUUAAUAUUAUAUAUCAAGCUAUAAAAUUAUAUCAGAAAUUAUUUUGUGAAUUGCUUGCAUACAUAAUUUUAAGGCAAUUUACAUAUAUUUAAACCAUGCAUUGCAAAAUGGUUUCUUUGUGAAAUCCACCGUAAGAAAUGAAUCAUUAAAACUAGAAAAGAAGGAUUUGAUGUUUGUGAUUUGUUAAGCAGAUGGCUGUGAUCAUAAUAUUUAUGUAAUCAGCUUGGAAAAACUGUUUUAUUCCAAAUAUGAAGUUGGAACCCCAAAAUGUUUUUUGCAAUGUUAAAAGGUUGUUAGUUUUAUUAAAGAUAAAUUGGUGAUGUCUCUCAUAUACAAAACGAUGAUGUCUCUCAUAUACAAAAUAAUUAACAAUUUUUUACCCUAUAAAGAUAUUUAUACUGCAGUUAAAACACUUCUGAUUGUCUUUAUUUACCAAAUAUAGUAACAAAGAGAUAUUUCGAGCAAUGUUGAUUUCAUGCCACAUCACUUUUCUUCAGUCUAGGGUUCGUUUAGGGAUGGAAAAUAAAUUGUAUUUUUGUUAGUAUUUCAAUAACUUUAAUUGUAGCCAUUUGUAGCUGUAGUAUAAAAACAAUAUUAGAUAUAGUUUCUAAGCCUCAUACAAAAAGUUGAUAUUUUUCUGACGUUGACCUAAUAUUAUAUAUUUAUCAGGCUACUUGAUGUAUACCCUAUACAGAUAUAAUAUUUAUUGAUGUAUGCCCUAUACAGAUUAUCUUUAAAUCCAUUUUUGAUGUUAAGUGUAUUUAUUUAUCUUCUUCUGUUUACUCUGUUCUGUAUUGUUGUCUAUUAACAAUAUUUGCAAUAAAAACUACAAUUUUUUAUCAAUUUUUUUUGUUCGAUACUGAUAUUUUACAGCCAUUACUUCGUUGUUGUUUUUUUGCUUUUUUGCCAGUUACAUAUAAAUACUCUGUAAAAUAGAUUUAUUGACUGAUGUUUGCGGCAAGUUGUAAAAUAGAAAAGUGAUUGCAAAUGAUUUUACAGGAGAUUUUUUUACAAGUUGUAAAUGAAAGCUUCAGUCACAUUUUGAAAAGGAAUUUUCUUUUCCUAAUUAAUAAAUUGCCAGAGAAAAAAUAGCUAGUCUAAAUUUUUGACUUGGAUAAAAAAAAAAUGAUUUAAAAUUGUUGUUUUAUAGAAUUGUUAUAGUUUAAUUUCAUGUGUGAAUGAAAAGAUUACAUGUUAAGUUGUUUAUGGAUGUUAUUUUAUUUUCCAUUAUGGAAUAAUUUAUGUGAUAAGAAACAUAAAAUGUUAAAAGAA